AUGGCCGCGGGCGCCACUGACGGCACCCGCAAUGAUGGUGCUGAGCCUAACAGGAAGGAAAAGUCUGCAAGCUAUGAACAAUGUCAGGCGGAACCUCACUGCGACGACGCCAAGGAUGCUCAUAGCGCCAGUAGUCAAGAGGACGAGACUGCAGAGGACCCAACAGCAGUGUGUGUUAGCAGUGGCAGCAAGCGUUUCUGUGUCAACUUGCGGGCGCCGGCGUUGCCGAAGGGGCUGGCGAAGCAGGUGGCUACCGAGAAGCGACAGAAGCGGCGGCGACAGGAAGAAGCAGGAGGAGACCGGAGUCAGGACACAAUGUUCCCCAUGCACUCUGCAAGAGAAAUGAGGAGGCAGGGGGAAAAAAAAUCGUGA